CCCCAACGUCGCCCGGCGAGGCCGCGCCGGCCCGGUGCCCGCCGGCCCCCCGCCGCGCGCGCGCGCCCCGCCGUUGGCUCCGGCAUGUCGGGCCCCGGGCCGCGGGAGCCGCCGCAGGCGGGCGGGCCGGCGGGCCCCGAGGGCGCGGACGCGGCGCCGGGCGAGGCGGGGCUGAGCUUCACGACCACCGACCUGAGCCUGGUGGAGAUGACGGAGGUGGAGUACACGCAGCUGCAGCACAUCCUCUACUCGCACAUGGAGGCGGCGGCGGCCGACGGCGAGCUCGACGCGCGCCUCAGCUCGGCCUUCCUGGCGGCCGCGGCGCCGGGCGCGGCGGCGGCGGCGGGCGGCUUCGCGGCGGCGGCGGCGGGGGGCGCGGCGGCGGCGGCGGCGGCGGCGGCCGCGGCGGCGGCGGCGGCGGCGGGGGGCGCGGCGCCCGUGUACCCGGUGCUGUGCCCGCCCGCGCUGGCCGACGGCGGCUUCGCGGGCGCGGCGCCCUGCCUGGGCCACGUCGACUUCCAGGAGCUGCGCAUGAUGCUGCUGAGCGAGGCGGGCGCCCCCGCCGCCCCCGCCGCCGCCGCCGCCGCCAGCGCCGCGCCCCCCGCCCCCGCCGAGAAGACGCCGGGCGCCGACGGCCCCGGGGCGGGCGCGCCGCGGCCCAAGGCGCCCGACGGCGGCGGCAAGGAGAACGCGGAGGGCGCGCCCGAGGCGCGGGCCAAGUCGGCCGUGCGCGUCCGCCUGGAGGACCGCUUCAACAGCCUCCCCGCCGAGCCGCCGGCCGCCCCGCGCGGCGCCGAGCCCCCCGAGCCCGGCGUGGCGCUCAACAAUUUGGUCACUCUUAUCCGACAUCCUUCGGAGUUCAUGAACGUCCCUCUUCAUCAGCAACAAAACAAAUGCACAACGUUGGUAAAAAACAAAACCGCGGCAGCCGCCACCGCUUUGCAGUUUACAUGCCCUCUGUUCACGGCGAACGCUUGCCCUGCCUCGGGGGGCUCGAGCCUCUCGCAGACGCAGGGUUCUGGGAACCCGUGUUCUGUACUCGAAGCUGCCAAGCAUCAGGACAUUGGAUUGCCUCGAGCAUUCUCUUUCUGUUACCAGCAGGAAAUUGAAUCCACUAAACAGACUUUGGGCAGUAGAAACAAAGCCUUGCCUGAGCAGGUUUGGAUUAAAGUAGGAGAAGAAGCGCUAUGUAAGCAAGCCGUAAGUAAGAGGAACCGGAGUCGAGCGCGCCAGCCGGACACAGGUGGAGAACGAAGAGCCCUUGGAGAGAUUCAAAACGUGGGCGAAGGCUCGAGCUCCACACAGGGCGCUUGGCCUCCCGCGGAGUCCUCGCAGGCAAACCUCGGGGAGCAGACCCAGAGCGGGCCCCAGGGAGGAAGGUCGCAGCGUAGGGAGAGGCACAACCGCAUGGAAAGAGAUAGAAGGCGCAGGAUCCGCAUUUGUUGUGACGAGUUGAAUCUUUUAGUCCCUUUCUGCAACGCGGAGACGGACAAGGCGACCACCCUGCAGUGGACCACGGCGUUCCUGAAGUACAUUCAGGAAAGACACGGAGACUCUCUCAAAAAGGAAUUCGAGAGUGUGUUUUGUGGUAAGACUGGCCGAAGGCUCAAGUUGACCAGACCGGACUCCUUGGCGGCCCGUCCUGCGCAGGAGAGCCUACAGAGCAGCCCGGCCAUGGACGUCAAGUGACAGGAAGGGACCGCCAGUUCCGGCAGCGGCGGCGGCUGCCCGGGGCCCCCAGCGUCCGCGCGGCCCUGGAGCCCCGGCGAUCUGGCUCUGGGGGACGUGAGUCCAGCUGAGGGGCCUCCACGGGGACGUCACAGCACGUUUUGUAGAGAUGUUUGUCUAGAACGAAAUCCUUAGCCUUUCGUGUCCUCUUACACCAUUUGGGGAUGAAGACAUGUUGACAAUUAGCAAGAAACUUUUCAAUUAUCCGCCUGAUUCCAUCAUGUUUUCUUAACAUGAUAACUUCAAAAAUUAACAUCCCAUGUAAUUUCCUUAGUCUUCCAAGGUGCACCGCUUUUUACUUAUUUUAUUUACAUUUUAAAUAUGCCCACUUAGCGAUUGGAACAAGUUAAAUUGUUCUUGAUUAGAAGUAGUUUGGAGAUUUUACUCCCUUGUUUCUCCCUCCCCAUGCUGACUUCCGGUGACACGGGACCGUGUUCUGUGACGCGGUCUGUGUCCAGCCUUGUCGCUGGACAUUUUCCAGAGACUCCCUUUGAAGCCACUUUUGCCCGUAAAGGAGAUAUUGUCACCGUGGGUUCCUUCAAUGCCUUCAUUUUCAUAUUCAGAGUCAUUACUUGGUGUGUAAUAAACUAGUGUUUGGAACUGA